CUAUAAGGAUUCGUUUGGUUACUAUGUUUCACACAGAUUAGGAUUCGAAACCAUGGUGAAUCCUGUGUUUGGUUGCCAAAUGAGUUUAGUUCAAAGCCCGUGUUUCCAAGCGAGGCCCGCACUGUUCAGUUGGUUUAGUCAAGAUCCGGAACUCACUCCAUACCCCCAGAUUGAGUCCAUCUAACCUCGAUUUCUGUGACCAAUAAUUCAAUUUCUUCUCUUUUCCCCUUCUUCCUUCUCAUUUCAAAUUCAGCUUUCCCCUUCUUCCUUCUCAUUUCAAAUUAAAGCAAAGCUGAAUUGACUUCAAUGAAGAAGACCCCUACACCACAAGCUUCCCUUAAUCGGAGGAAGAAGAAUUGACCAGCAACAGGCGACAACGACGGUCGAGGUGCGACGGAGAAAUCUACGAAAAUAUCACUCAUCGACUUUGUAUGUUUAUCAUUCAUGGCACCUCCGUUAUCUACCUCUAUAUCCAUUUACCUUAUGGUAGAAGACAUAAUGAAUCUUUUCCAUAUGCAAACUACCAUAAUCUUGUAUUUUUAUUUGAGGCAAGGUAGACGUAUGCGUAGACGUCAUAGACGGCACUUGAUUAGGCAUUACUCUCUUAUAGACCGGAUUCCACCACAAGUCCGGCAUAUGAACAGACUUGUAUCUGUUAGCGACAUUGACUGCUUAGUCAACCUUCGAAUGGAUAGGAAUACCUUCGGGAGAUUGUGUCUUCUUCUAAAGGAAGUUGGGGGGUUGUGAAAUGGUAGAUAUGUAUAUGUGGAGGAACAGGUUGCCAUGUUCCUAGGGAUACUUGCACAUCACAAAAAAAAUCGUAUAAUAGGUUUCAACUUCAAGCGGUCUGGUGAAACUAUAUCACACUAUGUGCACCUAGUUUUAAGAGCUGUUAUAAGGCUACACAUAAUUCUCUUACCUAAACUGGAACCUAUCACAGAUGACAUUGGCGACCUAAGGUGGAAACAUUUUAAGGGAUGUAUUGGAGCUUUAGACGGAACAUAUAUCAACGUUCUUGUCAGUAACACUGAUAAGCCACGUUAUCGCAAUAGAAAAGGUCAAAUCGCAACUAAUACCCUUGCAGCCUGUGACCGCAAAAUGAGGUUUAUGUAUUUUUUACCUGGUUGGGAGGGCUCAGCCGGUGAUGCUAGGGUGCUUCGAGAUGCAGUGACUAGGGAAGAUGGUUUAAAGGUGCCAAAAGGAAAUUACUUUCUAUGUGACAAUGGAUAUGCAAACGCGGAAGGUUUUCUGACUCCCUUUAAAUGCAUUCGUUACCAUUUAUAGGAAUGGGGUGAAGGCACACAAAGAC